AUGCCGAAUGAUGCUGCUAGUCAACAUGCCGACAUCCAAGCAGCAAAUGAUGCAGAGACCAUGUCCAAAACGACGAAAGAUAAAGCCCACGAUGAGAAUGAGAUCGCAUUAGAAGAGAAGCAUGGAGCGGGCCAAGUAGAUGAAUUGCCAGAGCUGCAACGGAGACUAAAGAGCAGACACUUGACGAUGAUAGCCAUCGGUGGAACAAUUGGAACAGGUCUGUUUAUUAGCAGUGGGACGGCUAUCGCCUAUGCAGGCCCCGUCGGCGCCCUGAUCGCAUACAUAUUUGUUGGAUCCAUCGUCUUCUCUGUGAUGACAGCUCUGGGAGAGAUUGCCACCUUUUUGCCAAUCCCCGGUGCAUUUGCAUCAUAUGCUGCGCGGCUCGUUGACCCAAGUCUGGGAUUUGCAAUGGGCUGGAUUUAUUGGUUCUCAUGGGCCUCGACCUUUGCCCUCGAACUCACCGCAACCGGCCUGAUAAUAGAGUAUUGGGAGAAAACGGUGCCGAUUGCCAUAUUCAUCGCGAUCUUCUGGGUCAUCAUCAUCGCUCUCAAUAUACUACCCGUGAGUUUCUAUGGUGAAACGGAAUUUUGGCUUUCCAGUAUCAAAGUCCUCACCGUCAUCGGCUUCAUGAUCUUUGCGAUAUGCAUGAAUGCAGGUGUUGGUCAAGAGGGCUACAUCGGCUUUAGGUACUGGGUCGACCCAGGGCCUUUCCAAAGAUAUUUACUGACGGGCGACGACCAAGUGGCGCUGUCGAAGUUUCUUGGUUUCUGGGCAGUUCUGAUCAAAGCUGGCUUUUCUUACCAAGGCACCGAACUCGUCGGAAUUGCAGCAGGCGAGACGCAAAACCCGCAGAAGACAAUCCCCUCUGCUAUUCGAAAGACCUUCUUCCGGAUCAUAUUUUUCUUUAUAUCCACAAUCUUCUUCAUUGGCAUUGUAGUUCCCUCGAAUGAUGAUCGUCUUACCACAAGUGAAGGCAGCGGGGCCAGUGCAAGCAACGCCAACUCGUCGCCCUUUGUCAUCGCAGCAAAUCGAGCAGGCAUAAGUGUCCUGCCGUCACUAAUCAACGCCGUUCUCCUAACGGUCGUUCUGUCGGCGGCCAACUCAAAUGUCUACAGCGGCAGCAGAAUCUUGGUCGGCCUAGCCCAUGAAGGACUGGCACCGCACUUUUUCACCAAGACGACCAAGUGGGGAGUGCCCUACUACAGCGUAGGCUUCACGGCUCUCUUCGGUCUUUUGGGAUUCCUGAACACCUCGAAUGCCGGGAGCACGGUCUUUAAUUGGCUGCUUCAGAUUGCAGGCCUGGCGGGCUUCAUUACCUGGACCUCGCUCAUUAUUUGCCACCUUGCUUUCAUGAAGGCGCUCAGCGCACGCAGCAUAUCGCGCGAAAUCCUCCCAUAUAAAGCCGCCUGUCAGCCCUAUCUAUCUUGGUACGGGCUGUUUUUCACUACGCUCAUCAUAAUCACCCAGGGCUUCACUUCCUUCAUUCCUAAUUUCAGCGUGGAACAGUUCUUCAUCAAUUACCUGAGCUUGAUUCUUUUUGCUGUGCUCUAUAUAGGGCAUAAAUGCGUCACCCGUGUGCCAUUCGUACAUCCGCUGGAAGCAGAUAUUAUCACUGGCCGGCUUGAGAUGGAGGGACUUGACCAAUGA